GGAGGAGAGGGAGCUACCGGGGGGAUUGAGAAAAUCAUGAACCAUCGUGAUUUUUUGCAUCAGGACAAUUUAAUAUAUGUAACUCUAAUAUCGCAUGACUUUAAAGACACUUGGAAGCUACUUCGUCUGUGGUGAACGGCAUAUGGCCACACGGUGGAGGCCUGUUUGAGUCAGACCGAAGCUCCAGGAGAAAGGCAGCAAAGCCCCCGUCCUUCAGAAGAGUUAGUCUGACGUGGUCAGGUGGGCGGGAGGGUGACCAGGAGUUGCGGGGGCCAUGCAUCAAGGGUGAGGGGGACUCACUUCCGGGGGACACACACACACACUAAUACAACGUUGGGUGAGGAGGAGAGUGGUCGGGGCCGGUCGGUGUGGAGAUGAAGCUCAAACAGCGCAUGGUGGUGCUGUGUGCCGUGCUCCUCCUGCUGGGCCUGGCCAAGAUUUUCCUGCUGGAUGGAGGCGAGGGCUCCGCUGCCAGCAGACGGGACCUCAGAGCGUUUCGCAAGAUGGAGGCCGGCCUCUCUCUGUCCCGGGGAGCUCGCCUUACCCACACCCUCCAGUCUCCGUGGGAGAUAGCCAGCCAGUGGGUGGGCCCGAGAGAGGUGUACCCUGAGGAGACCCCAGAGCUGGCUGCGGUGCUCACCUCCCUCAGUACAGCCAGGAUAGAACGGGCCGAUGUGGGCUAUAAGGGCACUCAGCUCAAAGCCCUGCUGGUGCUGGACGGGGGUCAGAAAGUGGUCUUCAAACCCAAGAGAUAUAACCGAGACUACGUGGUAGAAGGCGAGCCAUACGCAGGCUACGACAGACACAACGCAGAGGUGGCUGCUUUUCACCUGGACAGGAUCCUGGGGUUCAGGAGAGCACCUCUAGUUGUAGGGCGAUACGUCAACCUGCGAACAGAGAUUAAGCCUGUGGCCACAGACCAGCUGCUGAGCACCUUCCUAAUGCAGGGUAAUAAUACGUGUUUCUAUGGAAAGUGUUAUUACUGUCGGGAGAGCGAGCCAGCGUGUGCAGAGGGGGAUUUAAUGGAGGGAUCAUUAACUCUCUGGCUGCCGGACGUGUGGCCACUGCAGAAACACAGACACCCCUGGGGACGCACAUACAGAGAGGGGAAACUGGCCAGGACGUGGAAAUGUUGCCGUAAUGAUGCAGAGUGUCAGCAGUGAUGGAGGUAUUGUAGGUCGGUGGUUGUACUUAAAUUAAAAUGACA